AGGGGCGACCGAACCACCAUCAGUUGAUAAAGUCAUAAUGGCAGCACGGUAAAUGGAUUUUCCAUUGCGACUUGCGGUCGAUGAAUUUCUUGGCAGGGGUUUUGGGGUAGGUAUUAUUUUAUAAUCACCUCUACAGUUGUAGAUACUGCAGGUAUUGACCUUGGGUCCGGUAACACAACAUGGGAAGUUAUUCCAUACCUACCUGCCUACCUAGUACGUAGUACAUACUACUACCAGGGUACACCGUGAAGAGAAGGAAGGUGGGGGGACGCUUCCGCCCCUGUGGUCUCAACGUUGAGGAUGAUUGGAGGAGGAUCGUCAAUUAAAGACCCCUAAAAACAUACUAAUUAGUCCGAAUUAGGCUUAGCUCGUGGUUCUACUCACGCGUACUGCUCGUACCACAUACUCUCAACUACUGCAGACCAAGCCAGUUAAGUCUUCACCGCAAAUAUGGAGACGCACUGCUAUCUCUAUCCCCUUUCAAUUUUUUAUCCUUAUGCCGACGUGAGAGGCUUGUCAUAUUGAUUUCUUUUUUUUCUCUUUUCCUUUUCUCCCUCUUUCCCUAUUUAUUUCUAUAAUCAUAGGGAGGUAAUAGAAGAAAAUAGGACUUCGAAGAAAAGGAAUUGGUGGAAAAUGGCACGCUCAUCGGCUUCAACCACGACCAGCAUCCCCGAGGCACCUAAGCCGCAGAAGACGAUCCGUCUCAACGGUAAAGGCGGGGAGCAUGUUCCGCAAGAUGGAACCUCAGACCUACAACGAGAUCCGAUCGAGGUCAAGUAUCGUGACUUCUUCUGGACCUACACCGAAGAGCCGCAUCGGACGAGACGCCUGGCCAUUAUCAAGGCACACCCCGAAGUGACCAAGCUUUGCGGCCCCGAGCCCCUCACCAAAUACGUCGUACUCGGCGUCGUAGGCCUGCAGAUUUUAUGCGCCUACGUUCUCCGCAAUACUCCCUUCUUCUCGGCCCCUUUCUGGCUGCUUGCCUACGUUGUUGGCGCCACCGCCAACCAAAACCUGUUCCUGGCCAUCCACGAGAUCAGCCACAAUCUAGCCUUCCGAUCCCCCACCGCGAACCGCCUCUUCGCCAUCGUCGCCAACCUACCUAUCGGCAUCCCCUAUAGCGCCUCAUUCCGCCCAUACCAUCUCACCCACCACAAGUCUCUGGGCGUCGAUGGCCUUGACACCGACCUACCCACCGCCCUCGAGGCCAUCUUCCUCGACUCUAUCCUAGGCAAGGCCUUCUUCUGCACUUUCCAGAUCCUCUUUUACGCCGUGCGUCCCAUGUGCGUCUACAGCGUGCCCUUUACCUGGGUCUCCGCCACCAAUGUAGCCGUCCAGGUCUCCUUCGACGCAGUUAUCCUCAAGACCCUCGGCACCCAGGCCAUGCUAUACUUCAUACUGUCGUCCUUCCUAGCCGGAAGCCUGCACCCGCUAGCCGGCCAUUUCAUCGCCGAGCACUACGUGUACGAGACCGUCACGCCCGCCCAGGCGAACCCAGACAACCGCGUGGCAGUCCCGGAGACGUAUUCGUACUACGGCCCGCUCAACUUCCUGACAUACAACGUCGGCCUCCACAACGAGCACCACGACUUCCCCGCCGUCCCCUGGACGCGCCUGCCGAAGCUAAACCAGAUCGCCAACGAGUUCUACGCCGACCUGCCGUACCACCGCAGCUGGACCUACGUCAUCUGGCGCUUCAUCUUCGACGAGAACGUGGGCAUCCGGUGCAGAGUGAAACGCAGGGAAGGCGGGAGGCUCGUCGGUCAGAAGGCCGAUUGGAAGCAGGACGAGAUUGAGGCUUAGAAAAACGGCACGGGUUACAUAUGAAGUCAUAUGUAGGUAUGUUGAGGGUAAUACAUAGUACUUCAUCUAAUAGGAAACUGUAUAUUUACUCCCGAUGGUGCCUCUUAUUUAGGUGUGGCUUGGCGUUCGGCAUACGGAGGCAAUGGUAGAGCUAGCCUCGUGAAGUAUAACAUAAUUAUCUCUAAAUGGGUUACCCAUGGUUUCUACACACGUAGCUUAGGGUUCGUGUUAUCAGGGGCAACCAAGCAAGGAUUGGGUUUAUAAGGAGGGUAUGCCAUUAAGAGCUACGAGCAUCCUUGGUGAUCAUAUGUUUGCAUCGAUCGCUUAUACUUCGAUAGCAUGGGAUGAACUAUGAGCAUGUGGAGCUUAGGAUUUCACGGCGAUCAUAUGAGGAUCGCAUCAAUUUCAUGCAAAGUAUAUAUCAG